AUGGCACCAGAACUCAGGCAAACGAAAACCAUGGAUGAACGAGUGAUAAACCAAAUUAUAUCAAAAGUAUCGGAAGCAGUUACAUUCAAUAUCUCUAAUCGUAUAGAUGAGAAAUUCAAGAAUCUCGAAGAAAAGUUCAACCUCUUAGAUAAUGGUAUCAAACAGAACAAGAAUACAAAAACACACAUUGAUCAUCGUCUAGAUGCCCUGGAACAACUGUCUAAGAGGAAAUCACUUCGUGUCUUCGGAAUGAAUGUGAAAAGCACUGAAAAUCCAUCUAGAAUGAUUGCUGAUGUGAUCACUAAUAAAAUGGAAUUGGAUCAUAUUGAUGUUAAUGAUUUUGAAACUUGUUACAAUAUAACUCCUGAUAUCAUUCUUUUGAAAUUUAAAUCAUUCGAAGUGAAACAGAGAGUUUUUGAUGCAAAGACCAAAUUGAAGGGAUCUGGCAUCUCCUUCAAAGAAGAUCUUACAAGUUUUCGACGGAAAGCGGUGGUUGCAGCAGGAAAAAAAUUCGGACGAAACUCUGUUUGGACAGCAGAUGGCAAAAUUCGCUGGAAGGACACCAAUGGUGUCACGAUCAAACCUACACACUCAGUGCUCGAAGAUUUGAUUAAAGAAAUGGCGAAUGAGUGAAGGGUGUUGAAUGAUAACCGACCCAAUGCACAAUGCAAUACCAUGUAAUACUGAUAUGCUAUAUAUAGGUUCCCAUAUUGUUCUCCUAUGACUUUUUGUUUUUUUUUUUUUUCAUCUAAUGAAUUCUAUUUUUGGGUAUUGGAUAUAAAAUGCAUUAUUUCGUCACUUUCUGCUCCGAUGAUAAUAUUGGUGAUCAUGACUUUUGUGUUUUUUUGAUUUUUU